AUGUCUCACUUCGGGUUCCAGGGCGUCGUCGGGCUCGGGCUCCUUUGCCUUCUUGUUGCCGGGAAGUCGAAAGUUCAAUUCCAACCUGCCGACCAGGCCGCCAUCAGCCAGUUUGCGGUGGAUGCCUUUGUCACCGACGAGGUCACCACCACCACCAAAAAGGGAAAGAAACCUUCCGUAAUCGCCGAGGCGCCGCCCACGACGACAUCGCGUCCAAGAUAUUACCCCAACUUCAACAUCCCGCUCGACUUCGGCAAGCCGGACACCGGCGAGCCCUACGUGCUCUCCUACGCAGUGAUUCGCGAUAACCUGGCUCGCGGUGGCAUUGACUUGAACCAUUUUGUGGACAUCUUCGUUGACAAUGUGGAUAACACCUCAGCGAUCGACUUGCUGCGCAUCAUGGCCAAGGAAAUCAGCCUGACAAUCCCGUUGCCGAUGACGACAUCCCUUUCCGACUACGUUGAGCAACUCCCUGCCGCGCUUUCCACGUUUACCAGCCAGAUUCAGAGCAAAGUCGAUGCCCUCCCUGCCCUCACCAAGCGCUUCACCCCCAUCGUCCAGGACCUCAACGAAACGCUCCCGGAAAUGGCGCAACAGUUGGGUAUGGUCGCGUACUCGGACCCGGACAACAGCCAAAACGUCGGCCUGGUAGCGUUGAGCACCCUCAUCCAGACCCUGGCCCGAAGCAUCGAUUGGAUGUAUGCUGGAAUCUACUUUGACGUUGGCAAGCGCUUCCUACUACAGCCGAUGGAUGACUAUGAAACCGAUAGAUCGUCGGAGUCGGAUCGUUCAGAUUAUAACUAUUACUACUCGAGCUACGACGACGUGCCGGAGACGAAGAAGGGCAAGAACGGGAAGAAGGGAAAGAAGAACAAGAAUAAGAAGAACAAGAAGACCAAAGACUACCAAUAUCCCAGCAUUGCCUACUCCGACUAUUACCACGCGAAU